AUGAUGGCAAAAAAGCAAGAUGCCCGGUCGCCCCUCUACAACCUGAUUGUGGUGGGUUUGUCUGGAACAGAGAAGGAGAAAGGCCAGUGUGGGGUGGGGAAGUCCUGCCUGUGCAAUCGCUUUGUGCGGCCCAGUGCUGACGACUUCUACCUGGACCACACAUCAGUCCUCAGCACCAGUGACUUUGGAGGCCGAGUCGUGAACAAUGAUCACUUUCUGUUUUGGGGGGAGGUGGGCCGCGUUACGGAGGAGGGGCCUGAAUGUCGGAUGCAUGUGGUGGAGCAGACUGAAUUUAUUGAUGACCAGACAUUUCAGCCACAUCGCAGCACGGCGAUGCAGCCUUAUAUCAAACGGGCCGCCACAACUAAACUGGCUUCCGCAGAGAAGCUCAUGUACUUUUGCACGGACCAGCUGGGUCUGGAGCAGGACUUUGAGCAGAAACAAAUGCCUGAAGGAAAGUUGCAGGUCGAUGGAUUCUUGCUCUGUGUUGAUGUGAGCCGUGGCAUGAACAGGAACUUUGAUGACCAGUUGAAGUUUGUCAGUAACUUGUACAGUCAGCUGAGCAAGUCCAAGAAACCAAUAGUUUUGUUGAGCUGGUCCGGGGUGCAGAAGGUCCUGGAGUCAAAGCCGCACUUUGCUCACUGGUUUGUUGUGUUGGAAGAUUCUCCGUGGGAGGACACAUCCCACAUCGACAACAUGGAGGACGAGAGGAUCCCCUCAGACCUUCUGGAGACUGGGGAGGCAGAAGACAUUUUUAACGCCCACCUAGAACACCUGCGUAAUGAGUGCAGACGAGCAGAGAUCCGAAUGCAGUUCAGACAUAGGUUAAUGUCAUCUCCGUUUGUCACACCUGGAAAACCGUGGGAAGAGGCUCGCAGCUUCAUCAUGAAUGAAGAGUUCUAUCAGUGGCUGGAGGAGCCAGAGUACUUGGACCUGUACAACCGGCACCAGAAAGAGAUUAUAGACAGAGCAAAGGAAGACUUCCAAGAGCUCUUACUUGAGUACUCUGAGCUUUUUUAUGAGCUUGAGGUGGAUGCUAAACCGAGCAAAGAAAAGAUGGGUGCCAUUCAGGAGCCUGUCCCUGAGGCAGACCUUCGCAUUGUCAUGUGUUUGAUGUGUGGAGACCCCUACGAUAUAGAGCAGCUCCUGUCUCCUUUUCUGAUGCCUCAGCACUGCAGGCCUAUGUCCGGCAGUGGUACCUCUGUCAUACUAGAGCAGACAGUGGGUGGACACAAGCUGGCUAUAGAGAUGUCAGUGCUGUCAUAUCAUGCCUCGUUCACUCUAAGAAAGAGCAGGUUGGUCCAUGGCUACAUGGCAGUGUACUCUGCCUCCCGUAAGGCCUCCCUGGAGACUCUGUGUGCGUUUCUCUGUGAGGUUCAGGACAUUAUCCCAGUACAAAUCUUGGCUGUGGGCGAUAGCCAGGCACAGCUCACAGACAGUGACUAUGUUGGCGAGCAGCUCGUCGCAGGAGAGGAGCUGGCCCAUGAGAUUGAGGGCCGCUUCAAUACUCUGGUGUGUGGCUCUGGGGGCAUAGUGGGGGGUCUGCACAGAAUAGAAAUGUUUCACUCUUUCCUCAUGGAGGUGGUGGAGAAACGUAACAUUGUGGAGGCCACUCACAUGUACGAUAAUGUUGCCGAAGCUUGCACCGGUGAAAACGUGUAUUCCCCACGCUGCAGCUCGCCCAGCCCUGUCACUAUGUACCUGGACUCAGAGGAUGAUGUGGAGCCGUCUCCACCAUACUAUGAUGGCACGCUCACAUCCCACGGAGGAGGCUUCAACAUUCCCGACAUGGAUUCAAGUGACAUUUCUGUCAUAUCUGAUAUUAGGGACUUUGAAAACAAACUCAACAACAAAGUGCCAGCCCAAGUUCGAGUGAAACCUGGCGUUACAUUUGACUUUCGUAAAAUGAGCAGAAACCCAUACAUUGACACACUUGGUCAUCGGCGUUCUCUGCCCUCUGCAGUCACCUGGGUUCCAGGGGGAGAUGUUGGCUAUGAUCCAUCCGACUACGCUGAACCUUUGGACGCUGUCUCAAAGCCUCGUCUCAGCAACGAAGAGAUCAUCUACUCUGUUCCCCAUGACAGCACACAGGGUAAAAUAAUCACUAUCCGCAACUCCAACCGGAUGCACUCCAAUGGAAAUGGCUCGGACAGUGAAGCUGACAGCAGCUCACUAGAAAGAAGGAGAAAGUUCUCUGCUAUUGGAGUUAAGCCCCGCCUUUACCGCGAUCGCUCCAAGAGGCUCGGAAAAUUUAGCAGCUUUCGCACGAGCUUCAUUGGCAGCGAUGAUGAGAUGGGGGCUCUACCAAAGUCCAAGGAGGAAGACUAUGGGACCCUAAAAAGCGACAGUCUUGUUGAGGAGAUUGAAGAUCCCAAAAAAAGGAACAUAUUGAAGAGUCUGCGGCGGACAGCCAAGAAAACAAGAGCAAAACCUCGUCCUGCCAUUCCCAAACCUAUAGAGAGUUGCUACUUUGGGGUCCCACUUGCGAGUGUGGUGUCUCCUGACAGACCAAUCCCUCUCUUCAUUGAGAAGUGUGUCAGAUAUAUUGAGACUACAGGCCUCAACACAGAAGGAUUGUACCGAGUGAGUGGAAACAAGUCUGAAAUGGAGAGUAUGCAAAAGCAGUUUGAACAGGACCAUGGAUUAGAUCUGGUGGAAAAAGACUUUGCCAUCAACACUGUAGCCGGAGCCCUCAAGAGCUUCUUCUCGGAGCUGCCUGAGCCGCUGGUGCCUUGUGCUCUGCAGGUGGACCUACUGGAGGCGUUCAAAAUUAAUGACCGAGAACAGAGGCUGUACACCAUGAAGGAUGUCCUGAGGAAGUUCCCCAGGGAGAACUAUGAUGUCUUCAAAUAUGUUGCAAGUCACUUACACAAGGUGAGCCAGUUGAGUAGGCUGAACCUGAUGACUAGUGAGAAUCUUUCCAUCUGCUUCUGGCCCACGCUGAUGAGACCAGAUUUCACCACUAUGGACGCUCUGACUGCCACUCGCACCUACCAGACAAUCAUAGAAACCUUUAUCCACCAGUGCGCAUUCUUCUUCUACAACCAGCCCCUCAUCGACUCCCCCACUGGGCUCGGAGGACUGCCCGCCUCUCCCACCACUGCCCUGACCUCAGCCUACACCUGUUACCGCUCCUCUCCCCCUCACAGCGGCGCGCACUUCAGCCCGCUGCAGCAGUCUCCCCCCACCACGCCCCAGUCUCCCCUCCAGUCCCUUCUGCCCCCACUGCACCAGCAACCUCACCCCCACCACUCACCGGCCGAACAGGAGACACUGUGA